AACUUUUUUAAUAGUUGUAAAAUAUAUACACGGCAAGCAAGAAUAUUUAUGAAAACAUAGUUUUAAGAUAUAAAGAAAUAUUUUGUAAGCUCACAAUGGAUUAUUAUUCACACACUUUCUUGUUUAAAAUUAGGGUAUAUGUGUGUAAUUUCGACCUAUGGUCUAAUUUCGACCGCUUACAAAAAGCGUGUCUGUAGCGAUAUGUCGACCGACAUUUGCUUUUCCGCCUGGAUAAUGCGCUUUGUUAUUGUUCCGGUCACGUUAUUUGUCACAUGAUAUAUGCAUCCAAUCAGAAAUCGUUGUCUUUGUUUACCGCGAAGUUUGAUGUCUGGCCUAUCGUGAAGGAGCAUCGCGUACUGUCAACAGUGUCUGUCAAGUUUUUUCAACGCCCACCAUCAAGUACAACGACCAAUCAUACAUCAGCAGGUAAAUAUUAGGCUCUUUUUAUUGAUUUGUAAGGUUUAGAUUAUUAAGUGGGAUGUAACCUGAAUAAUUUUUAAUCAAAAACAAACAUUUAAUUCAGUUUUAUGACAAAAAUGGUCAAGUGGUCGAAUUAUGACCAACUUACUUUUGGGGGUGGGGGAAAUUCGACCGGCCUUCUGAUCACGUAUUUUAUUCAUUAAAUGUUACUUUUUUUUACCGAUAAUAGAUAAUUAAUAAUAACAAUAAUAAUAAAUUUAUAAUUAUAGGGCCUAGUGUAUUUUGAUUGAAUAGCCUAUAUUUGAAUAUACAGUGUUUGUCAAGUUUUUUCAACGCCCACUAUAAAGUACAACGACCAAUCAUAAUUAAUAUAUAUCAGCAGGAUGCCCCGCAAAUCUAAAAAUAUUUAUAUGAGAUAUGACUCAAAAACUUUAGAAGACGCCGUAAAAUCUGUCAGGAAUGGCCUAUCAUACCGAAAGGCUAGCAAAAAAUUUAAUAUACCCAAAACCACAAUAAUUGACCAUUUGUCAGGAAGGAUUUGCCCGAAUGCUGUGCCGGGUAAACCCACUGCCCUCCCCCGGAAAAUUGAAGAGGAAAUAGUCAAAAAAGUUUUAGAUGCUUCUGAGAAGGGUUUCGGGGUGACAAAAAGACAACUCCUGCUGAAAGUUGCACGUUAUGUUAAAUUAACAAAUACACAAACACCAUUUAACAAAGGUAUUCCGGGUAAUGACUGGUGGAGGGGGUUUAAAAGCCGCUUCCCAGAGGUAACCUUACGGAAGCCAGAGAAGUUACCCACAUCUAGGUCUCGGAUGCUAAAUAAAGUAGUUGUCCAUAAAUAUUUCCAAGACCUUGGUAAAAUAAUUUCUGACAUCGACCUGAAGGAACAUCCAGGCAGAAUAUGGAAUUGUGACGAGACGGGCAUGUCGUACGAGCAUGACCCGGUCAAGGUAAUUGCCAGGAAGGGGACAAAAAAUUUACCUGGAAGAACCACAAACAACAGAGAAAACAUAACUGUUUUAGGCUGCAUAAACGCAGCAGGUGCAUGCAUGCCACCAAUGUUUAUAGUGAAAGGCAAAACAAACAGAUGUUUGAACGGGUUUGCUACCCUAGACGCACCUAAUGGCACCAUUUGGACUUACCAGGAGAGGGCCUGGAUGAAUGAUUUCCUAGGCCAGGAGUGGUUCAAUAAUGUGUUUCUUAAACACUGCGGUCCAGAUCGGCCUCAAUUAUUAAUUUUAGAUUCGCAUGGCUCCCACGAAGUAACAGAGUUACUCGUCAAGGCCAGGGCAAAUGAUAUAUACAUAUUGGCCCUACCCCCACAUACCACUCACCACCUUCAGCCAUUGGACAAGGGUAUAUUCGGACCUCUGCAAAACAGUUACAACAGAUUAUGUACGGAAUUCAUGGCUGACCAUCCAAAUCACAUAAUUGACAAAACAACUUGGCCGAGAAUCAUUAAUGCUGCCUGGAACAAGACCAUGACACCAACAAACAUAUUGAGCUCAUUUCGGUCCACGGGCAUUUCACCCUUCAAUCCCAGCAUUUUGUCCGACAAGCUGUAUAUGCCAUCCGAAGUAUAUAACAAGCCAUACACACCAACCAAUGCAACAGAAUUGACAAUAGAUAAUUUGGAAAAUAUAAACACAGCUGAUCCCCCCCAUUGUAAACCUGUCUUUCGACAGUGCCAUGUCAACCAUGAUGAAUGAUUUUAUACAAAAUGACGAAACAGUUCCAAUAACAACAAACGAACAACCAAAGGAAUUAAACGCACAAUCUCUGUUAAAUCAUAUCAUAUCUGAGGACGAAACCGAGAUACCAACAAAGUGGGCAGAAACGCUGUCCAACAUAUUCAACAUACCAUCUUGUGGACAAUCUGUACCCAAAAAGAAUAAAUCGAAACAAAUUACCUGUCAUAGGCUUCUUACGUCCGACCAAGUGUUACAAAAUAAAACAGACGCAUUAAAAGAAAAGUUGAGAAAAGAAAAAGAAAAGGAUGAAAGGAAAGAAAAAAAAAUUCUAAAAGAACAGGAAAAAGAGAAAAGAAACCGAGAAAAACAACUAAAAUCUAAAUGCAAACCCAUGUCCAAGUCAUUUAAUGAAAAUGAAUGUUUUAUUUGUCUUAUUGAGUAUGACGACGACAGUCCAGAUGACGAACCCGACUGGAUUGGCUGCGAUAAAUGUUUUCGCUGGAUGCACCAAGAUUGUGUCCCAACAACACACGAAAAUGAUUUCGAUCUUGAUGUACCAUUUUAUUGCCAUGAAUGUUCUCCAUAAUUAUAAAUUAGUAUCUUGUCAAUGACAUGAACUGAAAUGGAUUAAAUUUGUCCCUAAACGAAUUAACUGAUGUUGACUUUGAUACUUCUGGUUAUAACCAUUUUAUCCCCAUUUAUGUACCAUUUUAUUGUCAUGAAUGUUCUCCAUAAUUAUAAAUUAGUAUCUUGUCAAUGAAAUGAACUGUGUUUAUGAAUUUCAAAAUGAAUUUUAACUUAUUGAUUCCAAGAUAUUAAUCAAAUGAAAUUUAUUGUAUAUAUAUUCGUAAUUUAUUCAUUCCCAGAUAUAGCCUUUUGAUUAAAUGAACGUAAUUCCCAGAUGUUGAUUAUAUGAAAUGGAUUAAAUUUGUCCCUAAACGAAUUAACUGAUGUUGACUUUGAUACUUCUGGUUAUAACCAUUUUAUCCCCAUUUAUGUACCAUUUUAUUGUCAUGAAUGUUCUCCAUAAUUAUAAAUUAGUAUCUUGUCAAUGAAAUGAACUGUGUUUAUGAAUUUCAAAAUGAAUUUUAACUUAUUGAUUCCAAGAUAUUAAUCUAAUGAAAUGUGUUUUUUUAAUUGUUAAAUUAUAUAUUCGUAAUUUAUUCAUUCCCAGAUAUAGCCUUUUGAUUAAAUGAACAUAAUUCCCAGAUGUUGAUUAUAUGAAAUGGAUUAAAUUUGUCCCUAAACGAAUUAACUGAUGUUGACUUUGAUACUUCUGGUUAUAACUUGAGUCAUUGUUGGAUUGGCUCGAUCCCUGCAUUGGCCGAUAAAGUUCAUCGAAAUUUUCCGGCGUGGUUCCCCCUUGUCAGUGAUGCAGAACGAGAGUCCUGAAAAGGACAGUUGUCUAGUCGUUCGGAUGGGGUAAAAAAACGAGCUCCCGUGUACACAUUGGCGUGCACGUAAAAGAUCCCUUGACAGUUGGAAUUCUAUUAGAGUAGGCCAUAGUGCCGCUGUCCGGGCAAAACUUCCCUCAUAGCACACUGUAUUGCGUAUGCCCGUCUUCAUUAGUCCAGUUCGGAGCAGAACAGUAGGACGUUAAACCCCAUUUCAUUUCAUUUUUGUGGGAUUUGACACGAUUAUAAAAGCGUGCACAUAUUUCUCCGCAUGGCAUAAUUAUCAGCGUCAAUACAAUAAAUGAAUGAAUAUGUUAUUAUAUAGAGUUAACAAAAACCGAAAUUAAAUUUUACAGCAACGUCAACUAGUUUUAUACAAGGUUGAUUUUCCGACCAUACCAUAGUUUUCAAGUCUUGUUAUUUUGGAUCAAAUAUUUAGUACGCAAUAAUAUUAACAUUUUAAUAACCAGUACACGUGGCCUAAGGUUCUAUUUAUAUAACAAUUAUUGUUUAAUUAGGGACAGGAUGAAAAUUCUUAGAACGGACCUGCAAGUAUUAUUUUUAAAAUAUUUAUACCAAAACAAACAGCUUGCCAUUUAUUAUGCGUAGUGUUUGAAUUUUUAUUAAUUUGGUCAUGUGGUCGAAUUUCCCCCCAUGUCGGUAAAUUACAAAUUGGUGGCGGUCGAAUUUCCCCCAAAUGUGGUCGAAUAUGCACCAAGGGGGGGUUACUCCAUUUAAAUGCCGUUUUCUUGUAAAAGAGGCGAAUUUAGUCUGAUGUUUCAAUUCUUAAUUAAGCCUGGAUAAUCGAGUAAUGACAAGAAAGUUAAUACUUGUUAACGGUAAGCGUUGUUGGCGAAAUAAAUGACGUCAAAUCUAAAGUGGUCGAAAUUACACACAUAUACCCUAUAUAACAUAUAUAUAACAUUAUAUAAAAUUAUAUAAUUAUAUAACACAGAGUGCACUCUGUCACAUCCGACCUCUGAACACUCCGGCACUCUGUUACAUCCGACACCAUUUUCAUGUCCGGAUUUAUUUCCUUAUUACUUCAGCCAAAAAAUCUCUGGGUAAUUCGACCUCUGUACAUUCCGGAUUACGAAAUCAAUCAGCCGCCCCGUCAUACGAUUUCCAUUGAAUCGACACCGUAUAAUCCAGCCUUCAAUCGGUGGGUGUGAAGCAAACACUUACCAAUCAAUUAUCCGUGAGAUUAAAACUGGAUGGGUGUGAAGUCACAAAAGAUUAACAAGCAAUCACCAAUCAAUUAUCUGUGAGAUUAAAACUCGCUACCGUGGGUCUUUGUUGAUUACUUUGUUAAUUUUAAUCUCUUGUAUGACAGUUGUGACAAAUACUCAAGAAUAUCUACGAAUUUCCCCCCGAAUUCAAAGUCGUAAAUAUAUUCCUAGCACUUGUUGGAAACAUUCGUUGCGCAUGCCGAUUGAACCUGAAUAACCUAUAAGUUUGGUCACCCUACGGAUCUCUUCGAAACGUGUGACGACGACCUGGGCUGCUCGAUUCACAGUCCGGAACGUCCCGAAUUGACAGAAUUGCAAUCAAGUGACGCGGAAUUCAGUCCUGUCAAGGAUCUCUUCGAAACGUGUGACGACGACCUGGGAAUGCUCGAUUCACAGUCCGGAACGUCCCGAAUUGACAGAAUUGCAAUCAAGUGACGCGGAAUUCAGUCCUGUCACGGAUCUCUUCGAAACGUGUGACGACGACCUGGGAUGCUCGAUUCACAGUCCGGAACGUCCCGAAUUGACAGAAUUGCAAUCAAGUGACGCGGAAUUCAGUCCUGUCACAGUUCUGUCAGUCCCGACGACGGAGGUGGUGUGAGUAGAAUUGUGGCGUAAUUAAACACGUACCGUACCCAUUUUUACUUGAUUGUCAGUAUUUUUGGGAUUGAGAGAGUUCAAUUCCAGAAUGUUCUUUCGAGUACGCCCAUUAUCAAUGAACACGUGAUAACAAAGACAAGAGUGCGAUCAACUGAAGACAGCGAAGAAGAUAAAUUAACGACAGACUUGACCUAUUCAAAAUGCCUACGCAUGUUAAAUGAAAUAAAAAUUAAUGUAAUAAAAUUUUGAAUGUACAGAAAGGUUUAUCAUUUUUAAAGGGAAUAACAUUCUGGUUAUUCGAAGUUCUAUGUUCGAAGCUACAUUAUAAUAAUACUUCCGGUUUUCGAAGUUACAAUAUUUCCGGUUUUGAGAAAACUGGGUAUUCCGACACUCUGUGUAAUUCGACAUAUUGUAACGAUCCCGUACUAUGUCGGAUGCGACAGAGUGCACUGUAGAUGAAUGGUUAAAAAUGCAUAAAGAAAGUAUAUACUAUUGUUUAAUUGUCUACAUGUUUCGCCUGAGCUUGUCAAGACAUACAAUGACGUGACGUCGUGGAAGAAUAAACAUACAAUAAUAUAAUAAUAAUGAAGUAGAUAAUAUAUAAUAUAUAGCAUAAUAUUGUAAUUAUUCUGAA